UCCUAACGACACCUACAAACCUAAAAGCAUACCAAAUCGACGGCGACAGGGUAAGAUCUGCGGUCUGAAAGACUACUCUCUCUCUCUAUCUUCUACGUUUGUUCGAUGGCACCGAAGCAGACGGACAAGAUCGAGAACCCUCCAGUUGCAUCUUCCAGCGAAGAGGAAGAAGAAGAGUCUGGUUCAUCUGUAGAAGAAUCCAACUCUUCCGAUGACGAAGCCGGCGAUGUCCAGUCCAAACUCACUCAGAAGAAACCUGUUGCCCCUCCUCCUGCUGCCAAGAAGCCUGAAUCCGACUCCGAAGAAGAAUCAGAAUCCGACUCAGACUCCGAGCCUGCGACCAAAACCAAGCCUCUCAACGCUGUCGUGACCAAACCGAUCCCAGCGACUCUACCUGAGAGCUCUAAGCGUUCUCUGAAGCAAGCGGAUAACGAGCCUAAGAAGAAGGCGAAGACAUCAACCACUGAGCAAGCCAAGAAGAAGCCCUCAACAUCAGCAGCAGAUGAAGAGGUUAAGAAGAUUUCAGGAGAAGAAGCCAAGAAGAUGUUUCAGAGGCUGUUCAGCGAGACUGACGAAAUCGCCAUGCUUCAAGGCUUUCUUGACUUUACUUCCACUAAAGGAGACCCUUCCGAGAACAUGGACGCAUUCUGCGAUUACGUCAAGACGCUGAUAGAUUUCAACGCUUCCAAAGCUCAGAUCGUUACGAAGCUCCAGAGGUGUAAGAAGAAGUUUGUGAAUAUAGUGAAGAACUCGCUUAAGAGAGGGAAGACUGAGGAUCAGAUCACGUAUGCCAAAGAUCUUGAGCAGAAAACGUUCGAGCUGUCGAGAAAGAUUUGGGGGAGUGAUGGUGUGCUUCCUGCUAAACCGAGGAAGAAGUCGAAAGAGGUUGAGUUGCUUUCAACGCCCAAGAAAGAAGUGGAGGUGGAAACACAGAAGAAGGUGAGUGUUGUGGACAAUCAUCAUCUCUCGGAGAGUAGAGAGAUGGCGUUGUUCUUCAAGGCGGAGAAUGCGAGUGUUUUGGGUUUGGAUGAGUCUAGUGUAAGUGCGGUUUGGGAUAUGGUUGAGGAUGGGGAGAAGAAGAGGGAGAUGGAGGAGAAGCUGAAGAAGCUAAAGGCUAAGCAGAUGGAGCUGUGUUUGCAGAGAACUUCACUCGUGGACUACACUGCAAAGAUGAUAUUCAAAAACAAUGCAUCUUCCUCCUCUUCAUGAUGAGUUACAUUGAUGGUUUGUUCUUUUACUUUUUUUUUUUAAAUGUGCAUUUUAGCUUUGUUGAGCUAAUAAUCACUAUCGUAAGUCUUCUUAGUCAGUAUUCUCUAUAUGUCUCUUUAUGUUGGAUGCUUUGUUUUUGGGUAUAAGACCCUUAUAAAUGAUUUCUUAUUUCUAUUGUUGUUAUUAAAUGCUUUGUUUCUUC